GGCGACGCCAGCGGACACCAAUUCGAGCGGUGAUGGCAGCCCGACUUGCCGGCGAGAUCCCAGAGGAGAGCCUCAACGAAGAUGUAGACAAGCUCCAGGAAGCAUGGGUCAACGAGCUCAAUGCCCCUGAGAUCCUCGACUUCAAGGUUGAGUUGCUCUCGGACAUGGUCGAGCAGGUGCAAAACCAGCAAGAGUACGUGGAAGAGAUUGCGCGCGACCAGGCCAACAUGACCGAGGAGCGCGCGUUCUCCAACAAACUCUACCAGAUGGAGAUCGAUCGCAUCAAGUACAUGAUCGCGUCCUACUUGCGCAUUCGCCUGUCCAAGAUCGAACAGCACACGCGCCACGUCUUGGCUUCGUCCAUGGACCGUCUCUCGAGCGCUGAAAUUGAAUACGCCACCAAAUACUUGGAGAUGCUGGAUGGUCAUUUCCAUGACCUCGUGCUCUCCAAGUUUCCCGCCGAGCAGCGCAAAUUGGACGCCGACGAGAUGAUUGACGCGCCAGAUCUGGACACAUUUGUGUUUUGCGAGAGCAAGGAGGAUUUGGGCCAGGUCCAGUGCGAUGACCGCGGCGCCGAGCACAUUCAAGUACGCCAGCACAACCGCCACGCGCUUCGCUACCGCGCGAUCCAGUCGUUCGUCCAAGACGGUACCAUGACGCUGCUUUAGGCGAAAAUGUCGCGCGUUUCUUAAAUAUCAUACAUUGCGCUUGCGUGGGACGUGCCAUGCCAACCGGA